AUGAAGGACAUCGAGAAACAAGAUUCCGAUGAUGUUCUCUCCCGCCACACGGCGGAGUAUAACUUAUCUGUUACCAUGUCGAACCCACAAUUCAAGGCUCAGACUGCUGAGGGUCAAGCCUUGAAGAAGACGUUGGAGGCAAGACACUUGUCGAUGAUUGCCAUCGGUGGUGCCUUGGGAACCGGUUUGUUGAUCGGUACUGGUUCCGCAUUGAAGGCUGCUGGUCCAGGUGGUGUCUUCAUUUCCUACUCUGUUCUUGGUUUUGUGGUGUACAUGGUUUUGAGUGCCUUGGGUGAGGUCGCAACUUUCAUUCCUUUGGCCGAUGGUUUUGCUGGUUACUUGACCAGAUAUGUUGACGAGUCUCUUGGUUUUGCUUGUGGUUGGGUGUACCUAUUCAAAUACUUGUUGCUUCCAGCCAAUCAAUUGGUUGCUGGAUCUUUGGUGAUGGGUUUUUGGGUUACACCGCAAAGAGUCAAUCCUGGAGUGUGGAUCGCAGUAUUCUUGGUGAUCAUUGUUGUGGUCAACAUUUUGGGUGUUCGCUUCUUCGGUGAGAUUGAGUUCUGGUUGUCUUGUAUCAAGGUUCUUACUUGUAUUGGUUUGAUUAUCUUGUUGUUCGUCAUCGCCUUGGGCGGUGGUCCAACUCACGACAGACUCGGUUUCCGUUACUGGAAGAACCCAGGCGCCUUCAAUUACUACACUGAUAAAGCUAGAGGUAUUAAGAUCGAGGGCUCAACCGGUCGUUUUGUUUCUUUCUUGUCUGUGCUUGUUGUCGCUACCUUCGCUUACACUGGUUCCGAGUUGGUUGGUAUCACUUUCGCUGAGUGCGCUAGACCAAGACAAGCCAUCCCUAAGGCCAUUAGAUUGACGUUCUACCGUAUUUUGGUGUUCUACAUCUGUUCCGUUUUGCUCCUCGGAAUGUGUGUCCCAUCAAACGACAAAUUGCUUAUGGGUGCUUCUGGUUCUACCGCAUCUGCAUCGCCUUUCGUCAUCGCUAUCAAAAACGCACACAUUAAGGGCUUGGACCAUGUCAUCAACGGAUGUAUCUUGCUUUUCGUUUUGUCUGCUGCUAACUCCGACUUGUACAUUGCCUCUAGAACUAUUUAUGGUCUUGCCAUUGCUGGUUACGCACCAAAGUUUUUCGCAAACACCAACAGAAUGGGUGUUCCAUAUUGGGGUAUCGUUUUGGGCACUGCUUUCUGUUGCUUGGCUUUCAUGACAUGCAGCUCUUCCUCAGCUCAGAUCUUUACUUACUUCGUCAAUGUUGUUUCUUUGACUGGAUUGAUUACUUGGGCAUGUAUUCUCUUCCUUCACAUGCGCUUCAUGAAGGCUUUGAAGGCUCAAGGGUUCGUCAGAAAGAGAGAUUUGAACUUCUGUUCUCCAUGGCAACCAUUUGGUACUUACUUUGCCUUCUGUGUUGUCAUUUUGAUUAUUUUGAUUAAAAACUUCACUGUCUUCUUGGGACACGGUCACUUCCCAUACAAGACAUUCAUCACUGGUUACAUCAUUCUUCCAGUCUUCCUUAUCAUGUGGGGAGGAUACAAGUUGGUUAAGAAGACCAAACUCAUUAAGCCUGAAGAUGUGGACUUAGACACCUACAGAGACGUUGUUGAUGCUGAGGAGGCUGAAUUUCAAAGAAAGGAAGACGAGGAGAAGGCCAUUUGGGAGGCCGAGGGCAAGCCAAAGAACAUUAAAUGGUUUUACGAAAAGUGCUUUGGCUGGAUUUUCUAA